AUGUUGAUUGCAAAACGAUCACCCACGUUUCGAUAUAAUCGAUCUAGACUUCUAUUCUGGGCUGUAACUGUGGGAUUAUUGAUUCUUACAUUGAUAGUUUUCGUCUUUGGUGGCAAUGUGACUGAUCAAUCUGCCUCAGACUUUACCUUGUUCAUUGAUCCGUCGUUACCCACUCCUAAUUCUAAGCAAGUUUACCCGCCUGGGGCCAAGAUAACUGAUAAAUAUAUUAGCUCAAAAAAGGAUAGUCCAUUUCAAAUUGGAUGUCUGGUACCUCAACCUGGUGAUGAACGAGCAGACGCUGUUUUAGUUGUCCUUGCAAGAAAUUCGGAGUUGAAAGAUGUGAUAAAUUCUAUGAGUAGUCUUGAACGUCACUUCAAUCAGUGGUAUAAUUAUCCAUGGGUAUUUUUAAAUGAUGAACCAUUCGAUGAAGAAUUCAAGAAGGAAGUAAUGAAAUAUACCAAUUCUAAAGUUGAGUUUGGCCAAAUACCUAUUGAGGAAUGGAACUUCAAAAAAGAAAGCGUUGAUCCCUUAAUCUAUGAAGAAUCUAUUAAUGGUCAAGGAGAUCGGAAGAUACUUUAUGGUAAUAUGGAAAGUUAUCAUAAGAUGUGCCGGUUCUUCCUGGGUUAUUUCUAUAAGCAUGAGUUGGUUAAGAAGCAUGAAUGGUAUUGGAGAGUUGAACCAGGAGUAGAAUUUUAUUGUGACAUAACAUAUGAUCCAUUCUUAGAGAUGGAAUCAAGAGGUAAAAAGUAUGCAUUCACAGUUUUUAUUGGUGAAUUAUAUUACACCGUUCCCGGCUUAUUUAAAACUACCAAACAAUUCAUCAAAGAACGAGCUAUUCAAGUGAAAGAUUCGUGGAACCUAUUUAAUCUUCAUCCAAAAAAAAUGGUAGGUUCAUCACUAGAUGAUUUUGAUGACCUUGAUAAUAUGGAUUAUCUUUCCAAACGAAUGCAAGAAAAGGUUAAAUUUGAUACUUUAUUGGAGAAACAGGGGAAAACGGAUAGUGAUAUAUCACCUAUUUUGUUGAAGGAUACAUUUACAUGGCUCCAUGCCAAACCUAAAUUAUAUGAAGAUAGAUUUGAACAGGAAGAGUACAAUCUUUGUCAUUUUUGGUCCAAUUUUGAAAUUGCUAAAACCAGUUUAUUCCGUUCUUCAUUAUAUGAAGAUUACUUUCAAUAUCUAGAAAAUGCUGGGGGAUUCUAUAAGGAAAGAUGGGGUGAUGCACCUGUUCAUCUGUUAGCAGUAGGGAUGUUAUUGGAUUUAAAGGAAAUUCAUUAUUUCCGUGAUAUUGGGUAUAAACACUCAACAUUAAUCCAUUGUCCUAAAAACGCAAAGGGUAGACAAGUUCCUUAUGAACCUGCUUUAAGUUAUACUCCACCAAGUGCCCGAUUUGGUGAAGUGUUUGCAAAGAAAAUAGACAAACCAGAACCAAAUGGAGUUGGUUGUAGGUGUCGAUGCCCCACUAAUGGUUAUACGGAAAUGGAAGAAUCUUCCUGUUUAGCUACAUGGGUAGAAUUAACCAAUGACGAUUAUCAUGAACCAAAGCCAAUUAAUCUUGAUGACCUUGAAAAGCGUAUUGGCCGGCAAAUUAGAAGAUUACAUGAAGCUGGAAAGGAGCUCCACAGAAUCAACGUAGCAUAG